CCCUCCGCCAUUAAUCCUUCACCACAUUCUCACCAGAGCAAUUCUCAUUCCCUUGUCCUGACUAUACCUCAGAGUGAUCUUGGAAUAACUAAAUCCCAGCUACAACAAUGGCAGCAAUUCAGUCGGCAGAGCAAGAGCACCCUGUUCCGGCCUUUGGUUGGGCUGCAAGGGACCAAUCUGGUGUCCUUUCCCCUUUCAAUUUCUCCAGAAGAGAAACAGGGGAGACGGAUGUGAAGUUCAAAGUGCUCUACUGCGGUAUCUGCCACUCCGAUCUCCACAUGAUCAAGAACGAAUGGGGUACCUCCACGUACCCACUGGUCCCCGGCCACGAAAUCGUCGGCCAGGUCACCGAAGUCGGCAGCCAAGUCACAAGAUUCAACCCCGGCGACCGAGUCGGCGUCGGCUGCAUCGUCGCCUCGUGCCGCUCCUGCGACAACUGCAUCGACGACCUCGAAAACUACUGCCCCAAAUACACCCUCACCUAUUCCGGCCUCAGCUCCGACGGCACCAUAACCUACGGCGGCUACUCCGACGUCAUGGUCUGCGACGAGCACUUCGUCCUCCGAAUCCCCGACGCCCUGCCCCUCCAUUCCGCCGCUCCUUUGCUCUGCGCCGGGAUCACGGUUUACAGCCCAUUGAGAUACUAUGGGCUGGACCGGCCCGGGAUGAAAGUGGGCGUUGUUGGGCUUGGUGGGCUGGGCCACGUGGCCGUCAAAUUCGCCAAGGCCAUGGGGGCUAAAGUCACCGUCAUCAGCACCUCGCCGGCCAAGAAAGAGGAGGCAAUCCGAAACCUGGGCGCCGAUUCGUUUCUGAUCAGCCGCGAUCAGGACGAGAUGAAGGCGGCGAUGGGGAGUUUUGACGGGAUCAUCGAUACGGUGUCGGCGGAUCACCCGUUGGUGCCGUUGAUUGGGCUGCUGAAGACGAAUGGGAAGUUGGUCUUGGUCGGGGCGCCGCCGAAGCCGCUUGAGCUGCCGGCUUUCUCGUUGCUGAUGGGCAGGAAGAUGGUCGGCGGGAGCGGGAUUGGAGGGAUGAAGGAGACGCAGGAGAUGCUUGAUUUUGCGGCCAAACAUGGCGUUGCGGCGGAGGUCGAGGUUGUUCCCGUGGAAUAUGUGAACGAGGCCAUGGAACGUUUGGAGAGGGCGGAUGUCAAGUACAGAUUCGUCAUUGACGUUGGCAACACAUUGCUGAACAAUGCUUGA